AUGAUAUUAUGUGAAACAAGAAGAAGAUAAAGAAGAAAUGGAGUUCAUGCUGAAACCGAAGAAGAAUAUCUUUAAGUUUAAAAUCAACUUUAACUAUCCUUUAGAAAUUAGCCAAAUAAGAUGAAUGCCAAUAAAUACUCUUAGAACACUAACAGCCUUCUCCAUAACUUGAAGGAUUUAUUAUAAAUCAUGAUUUUUCAUUUGAUCCAUUUAGUUCUGAGCCAAUCUUCUUGCUUGAAAAGGCCACUAUUUAUAAAUCUCACUUUCUAUUGUUGAUUUGUGAGGAUUUUUCUAUGAAUCUAAAGAGAUUGUAAUCUAUUUUAGAUUCCUGUAAGUUUAAUCUGAUUAAACUUAGCAGAAACUUCAGAUAAUCUAACUGAUAGCACUACCGAAGAAUAGACAUAAUCAAGCUACAUCAUUUUUAAAUAAGAUUGUUAUGUUCAUACAAUUACUUUUGGAAAUGUAAUUCAUAAAUUCCAUAUUUGGAUACUCAAUCACUUAAAUCCAUUAUAGAUUUUCUAAGGUAUAAAUUUAAAAUAAUUUAGAAUUGUAUUAUCCUUUAUUCAAUGCAUUCGUUGUUGUUGUCAAUAAAGGAAAUAAUAGCAAAUAAAAUUUAUUUUAGGCAGAAUUUACAAAAAUGCUUUAAUUUAAUUAAUCAGUUUAAUAUCACACUAUUUCGGAUUCUGAUGAUGUAAUUAUUUUUAUUAUUAAAGUUAAUAUCAGAAAAAUAAAAUAGUUUAUUAAAUAUAUUGAAAUCUUUAGUAGAAUGA